AUGGGGCCACGAAAGCAUAUGAAGUUUGGCGACGAUGGUGAUGGACCGGUUGUCGCCAACAAACAUGCCAGUUCUGUUUUGCCAGAAACCAGAACCUACGGACGCAACCAGUCUAAAAACAAACUUGGCAACCUGAAAAGCAGGCAGUCAUUUGGAAAACUGGUGAAAAACUCUCGUGCUGGUCUUGAAAUAGAGGACGAGUCUAGCGGGGUUGAAAGCAGUGGUCCUGUAUUGGGGCCUGUGAGUCUGGAACGUCUCAAAGGAUAUCAAAAUGGUAACUUGAGCGAAGAUAGCAAAUUUCACACCAGCAGUGGCAUGGACGAAGAUGAAGAUGAAGACGGAGAAGAGUCAAGCCAAGAAUUAAAUGGCAAAGAGACUAAGAUUCUUGUAGAGGGGUCUUUUACUAAUGGUAAUGGUCAUGCGAAUGGCAAGAGCAAAGAAAAUGGUAAUGGUAAUAGAAAGGAUAUACAAAAUGGCGGCCAACAUCGCAAGUUAGCAAGUAAGCCAAAUGGUCGAGUAGUAUAUUAUGACGAUUCGGAAGAAGAAGAUGACAGUCGUGAUAUGAGUAAGACCCCAGGCAAUUAUUCACCAGCUGCUCUGAAAUCAACUAAACUACAACUACUGAAAGAUAGAAGAGGGUUACCUGUCUACCAGGCUCGAACCCAAAUUAUCGACCAUCUGUCAGCCAAUGAAGUCACAGUCUUGCUGGCUGAAACUGGUAGUGGUAAAUCAACACAAAUUCCCCAGUUGAUAUAUGAAUAUAUUGGAAGCAAGGAGUCUCCAGAACGGAUUGCCAUUACCCAGCCUCGUCGUGUCGCAGCCAUCAACCUAGCCACCCGUGUCAGUCAAGAAAUGGGUGUUCCUUUGGGCGAAAAAGUCGGUUAUACAGUCCGGUUUCAGAAUAAAUCGGGCCCUGCUACUCAUAUCAAGUACCUGACCGAUGGUAUGCUGUUACGAGAAUUGAUGUUGGAUUCGGACUUAAAGCGAUAUUCUACUAUCAUCCUCGAUGAAGCUCACGAAAGAACAGUGCUAACCGAUUUAUUGAUGGGCUUAUUAAAACGAUUACUAGAUAAACGAAGAGGGUCUAAACGGCCAUUGAAGCUCAUAGUCAUGUCAGCCACAUUAGAUGCUGAAAAGUUUAGCAAAUUCUUCAAUAACGCCGAGAUUCUUUACGUAGAGGGUAAGAUGUACCCAGUACAACGAUAUUACUUGUCGAAACCAAUUGAUGACAUCGUUGAUGGUGUGGUUCAAACAGUGGUGCAAAUCAAUAUGUCUGAACUUACUGGUGAUAUUUUAGCAUUUCUGCCGGGCCAGGACGAGAUCGAUAAAUCUGUUGAUAGGUUACAGGCCAUUGCCACUAGUUUACCCAAAGAGGCACCUCUUAUCGUUCCGGUUCCUUUAUAUGCAUCUUUACCACCAGCUCAACAACAAAAAGCAUUUGAAAAAUUACCGGCUAGAAGAAGAAAAAUCAUUCUAGCAACUAAUAUUGCUGAAACUUCACUGACUAUUCCGGGUGUUCGCUAUGUAGUGGACUCCGGAUUACGUAAAGUCCGUGUGUGGAAACCCAGUCUAGGACUCGACACUCUAUUUACAACUCCCAUUUCACAGGCCAGUGCUGCUCAAAGAAUGGGUCGUGCUGGUCGUGAGGCCCCUGGUAAAUGUUAUCGGUUAUUCACGGAAGCUACAUACACCCAGGAUCUUCGACCACAAACAGAGCCAGAAAUUCUCAGGUGUGACAUUGCCAGCACGAUCCUAAUGCUCAAGAGAGCUGGUAUUGACGAUGUUAUAAACUUCGACUGGGUCGAGUCUCCUGAUAAGAAGGCCAUCACCUCCUCGCUGGUCAAACUAUACGGUCUCAAAGCACUUAAUGAUCAAGGGAAAAUCACUGCUUUGGGCGAGAAGAUGGUAGUAUUGCCUGUAUCACCCCACCUGGCAGCAGUUCUGAUCCAUGCCUCUUCUGACCCUACACUUCUCAAUGCUGUUAUAGAUAUAGUGGCAUGUCUUUCUAUCGAAGAUCUAAUGAUAAAUCCACACCCAGACAAACGAGAUGAGAUUAAUCAGAAACGACGUGAGCUGUUCACGUCGAGUCAGGAGCAUGGAGAUCUGAUUAUGAUCAAGGAGAUGUACGAUAUGUACAGAGAGCUCACCGAUAGGCGAGAGCAGAAAGAGUGGUGCCAGCAGGUAGGUGUCAACCCUAGAUCCAUUAGAAAUGUCGCUCUUGUGCGCCAGCAGCUUGCUCGAUAUAUGAAUCUUACCAUUGACGACGAAUCGUACCCGACCAGCGCCGAGUCCAUCAUCAAAUGCUUUCUUCACGGAUUCAUCUCCAACUCGGCACUUGGCCUUCCCGACCGCAGAUACAAAACGGUCCUCACAGCACAACCACUCUCCAUCCACCCGUCCUCAUCAAUGUUUGGCCGCAAAGUCGAGGCUAUAAUGUACAUAGAAUAUGUCUUCACGACAAAACCCUACGCCCGACUGGUCAGUCCCAUCCAAAUCGAAUGGCUCCAAGAAGUAGCCCCUCACCUCCUAUCCCGUAGGUCCAUAGGCACCAACUAA